UCAAAAGCGAACCAACGACGACAGGGUGAGGCGAACAGAUGAUGUUUUCUUGGACACGAUAGCAGUGGAAUAUUAAAACUUUGAGGGUCGUUGAGUAGAGCGGGUAGCAAUGAAAAGGAAAGCAACAGCCCGCAAGCAGUUGAAAAUGUGCUAUGCACAAGGAGCAGCAUCUUUGUAGCAUCGAUAUUGGGUCGGAUUACAACACCACAAUCAUGAACAUGGUGGAUGUAGCGAUCAAUGUCACCGUGGAUACAAACCCGCUCGAGGUAGUUUGCAUCGUUGGAGGCUGCGCAGAGCUGGGCAAUUGGAAACCACAGCUUGCAGUGCAGUUACAGAAACAGGAGGGAGUGCAACGGUAUGGUGCGACCGUUCUCAAACCUGCGUGCUACUACUGUGCAGCGAAAGACAACUCUAAAUAUUAUUUCACAUGAUGGCAGGUCUCCAAAUCAAUGGCACAUGCACGAGGAAUCUAGACAUGCGACAGCAUGUACUGAGUCUUCUUUCCAGCACCUUGUGCAGAGGAAGUCUCUCAGACAGUGUAGCCCUAGGUCGGCUGCACUGUAAUGUGUUGCGAAUGUGUUCUGGUCAAUGGAGCAGUCAUUUCCUCAUGUUUUAUUGUUUGCGAACCACUCUGUUUUUAUACUAAAUGUCCAUAUCAACCGGACAGCUGGAAGAUGAUGACAUUGAAUCCCAUGGAAGGGAGUCAUGGACCUGCGUGGUGUCGCUAGUAGAGGGCGCUAUCAUCGAGUAUCGCUACAUGGUAGCUGUGUUCGUGGACUUGCCACCGGAUGAGAGCAAUGAGAGUGGUGAUCAUGUAGUUGUCGUGAAGAAAUGGGAAACAUUUGUGCGCCCACGCACUAUCUGUCCAAAGGCUGGUGCAGCAGUACUCGAGGAAUUUGGUAACUAUGGUGGUAAUUAUCAAGUCGGACCAGGGUGGCUUACCGGUCUCACAGAGGUGAGACUAGAUUUCAAAAACAAUCCAAUACACAUGUGGAAGACGCACCAUAAGAGAAGGAAAUACAUGAUCAAAGUGACUGCUAUGGACCUCCGGCACAAAGAGCAUCAUGGCUCAUUUGAUGAUGAAGAUGACAGUGGUUUGCAAGCACUUUCUGGUCCAUGCUCUGACGUCCUGAUUUCGGUGCUAAAUAGCGAAGAUGAUUACAUCUACAGGCAGCAGGAACAGUUUGGGCGCUUGUACGAGGUCGGGGAUUACAUAGUCUUCAAAGCGCACACUUUCUGCCCCACCGUCACGGCAUUCACUGUGGACUUUUAUGAGUACAAUCCAUUCGAUGACACAUCUAUUCCUGAGCACAAGGGGUUCGCCUACAUUCUUCCAAUGACAAUGAAGGACAUGCAUAGAAUCAGCCAUGUACCAAUUACAGGUGUUGGACACAUCCCUCUAGGCCAACUUACAGUUGAGUACCUGGUCGUGACACCAUUGCCAAGUCAGCUGUGCAACAUGCGAACAACAUACAAGCACCACUGGAAGCGCACGCGGCGCCCCCUAGACGUGGGUCACCGCGGAGUAGGCUCAUCCUAUGUGUUGUCGGGGACGGCGGUCGUGCGGGAGAACACGAUCGCAUCUCUCAACAAGGCUGGAAGCCACGGUGCAGAUUUUGUGGAGUUUGAUGUGCAGCUCUCCAAGGACCUAGUGCCAAUUGUCUUCCAUGACUUCACUGUAUGCAUAGCAAUGAAGAAGAGACGGAACACUAGUAUCAGCUAUGGGAGCCAUGGAAGACGGGAUUCCUCGGAGCAAGACGACGAGCUAUACAAGAUUCCUGUCAAGGAUCUGACUGUUGCCCAGCUGCAGCAACUCAAGUUGUCGCACUCUGAGCAUACUCAGAUGGAGCUCCACACUGAUGAGGCAGAGAACAUAUCACUGACCUCAGGCUGUAGUGAUGGAAGUAACGACAUUGAUUUCCAUGAUGACAACUGCUCCUUUGCAACUCUAGAAGAGACGCUUAAACGUGUCAACAUUCACGUUGGCUUCAAUAUUGAAGUUAAAUACCCUAUGGAGACAGUGGGAGGUACAAAAGAACUAGACGUCCCAUACUUUGAGAAGAAUCUGUACACGGACGCCCUUCUAAAGACUGUUUUGGAGCAUGGAGGCACCCGUCGCAUCAUCUUGUCUACAUUUGAGCCAGACAUUGCUAUUAUGAUGCAGUUGAAGCAGCACACAUAUCCCGUUAUGCUGCUUACCAUGGGUGACACCACUGGGUCCGACGCCUACACUGACAUCCGCACGCAUUGCAUCAGCAUGAGCGUGAACUUCUCCAUCUGCGAAAAGCUACUGGGCAUGUGCGUGUACAUGGGUGACGUUGAGACGCAGUGGGACAAAAUCGAAGAGGGCAAGAAUGCUGGUCUAGUGCUAUUCGGCUGGGGUGUAGAUGAGUACAGUCAAGUUAAUCAUCUAAAGGAGAGUGGACUGGAUGGAGUUAUCUUUGACAGAAUCAACGAGUUCAAAAAUGGCGUCGAUCACCAAGCGAACGUCUUUAUGAUUGAGUCUCGUGAGAAGAUGCGUCGUCAGUUAGCUGAGGAGGGUAAGCUCAUCAAGCAUACACAUGUCCAUGACAGCACUGACAACAGUGAGCCAGAGGAUGUGGAGAUGGAGUAAGAACAUUAUUCUACCUAGUGGGUCAGACAGGAGAGUCUGCCAAUGGCUGUUUAACAUGUGCUAUCUAAUUAUGGUUAUUUUGGGCUGUUGAUUUAUCAUGUGGUGGCAUGAACCGAAUAUUAUUCAUAUAAAAUGCAUAUUUAAUCCACUCUAAUGCACAGAAGAGCAUUCGAGAAUUGGGCUUUUGCCUUACUGCAUUUAUUAUUCUCGUGUGAUGCUGAUGCUCAUAUAAAGCCGUCUAAUGAUAUUUGUGGUGGUAAAUAGUAAUAAACGUCAGUACUUUGUUUGCUAUGUUAAUAGACCUGUAAUUGUAAAAUUGCAUGGUUGAAUCCCACGUGAUUACCCAAGGCAGGGAAGAUAGCACAACUUGGUUACAUUUGUACAUGCAUUGGUGUUUCAUAUUGCCACUAGUGCUUGUGCGACUGUAUGCUGUUUACCAAUGUAGGUUUUACGGUGCUGCGAUGAUUGGCAGAUGAGUAUUUUUCUGUGCGGUGCUGUGCAGUCCAGUACUUUAUGCAGUGCAGUGUGUGCAGUGCUUUUCUGUGCAGUGUGUUUUGAUAGAGGGCCAUGUGGUCAUCCAUUGGCCUCGCAUUCUUCACACCAAGAAUAGGUGGAACUAAAGAGCACACAGACCAUUGAUACGACUUUCGUAGUCUCGUAAAUUCGGCUCAUUGGUUAUUAUUUAUGUUACUUUAAUGGCUAUUGUUAUUAUUGUAUUAUCAGUGCACAAAUAAAAUUGCGCACACGUUCAAGGCCGGGAGGAUAAAAUUGUAUUAGAAUAGUUGCUGGAAUCUUCUUAGAUGGAUUGCAUAAAAUGUCUUGCUACUCUUCUUGAAGGAUAAUAGGAUCUAUAGCUACCUGUACAGGCAAACAAGAAUGUUUUUUUCAGUCAUUCAAUCCCUUUGCAUAUUUAUAUACCUUUACAGUUACUGUUGUAGGGCUGUUCAUACAUAUUUAUGAAGUGUACAUCAUACACUGCGUCAAUAUUAUAAACAUAAUACUACCAAGAGCUAAUAAUACCUAUAUUAGGUAUUAUUAGCUCUUAAUACUAUAAAUAGAAAAAUGUCAUUUUCAUUAUCAAAUAAUAUAAAUUUAGUUCUAGAGUAAUAUGCGGUGGUCAAAACAUUUUAAUUCACAAGCUAGUGUUUGAUGAUAUACACUAUGUGUAUACAUAUACAACCAAUGGCUAAUUUAUAUGCCGGGCAUAAAGGCUAAAGUUUGGGAUUUACAGAUAUCUAUAAUGUGGUUGCCAUAUAUCUAAAUAUACCUGUUAUCAUGGUGCGGUUUUGUUCGUACGGUGUUUGUACGAUAUUUAGUGCAAUCAAUUGCUAUUAUAUUGCAAUUACUUUGCACUUCAUUUACUGCGAUUACAAGACGCUUGUGCGUUGCCUUUAGACAAAA